AUGGCCGUCAACACCUGGAGGCGGCACAGUGUCCACACGGGCUUCACGAGCGGCCAGUUGCGCCUGAUGAGGAACUACAAGGAAGUCCCGGAAUGGAUUUACGGCAUCAUGAUUGUGUUUGGCUUUGGCGUGUCAAUCAUCAGCCUCACAGCGUGGCCGACCCGGACGCCCUGUUGGUCCAUCCUCGGCGACACCGGCAUCGGCGCCCUCCUCGCCAUCCCCCCGGGUCUGUAUUGA